CACAACUAGACAAACAAAAGCGGGGCGUUUUAGCAUAGACAUCUUGUGUGUUCGACGUCGUUCCUCUCUCGCAUUUGUUGGAGUUUCACAAAUGCAGCUCUCUGUUCAGCUUGACUCCACCACACCUCACCUACUUCUUCUUAAACCCAGAAUUAAAAUUAAUCUUCCUCACAAAUUUCGCUGUCCAAUCUCCAUACAUUCCCCUUCCUUACUCCUCUCUUCAAUUCAUAAUCGCCACAUGAACUUCUUCACCACACGCGCCUCUCUAAACCCUGACGACAAUAUCACCAUCUCCACCACCAACAACGGCUCCGCUUUAACUUCUUCAACUCCCGGUCGAAUUGGGGAAGUGAAAAGAGUGACAAAAGAGACCAAUGUUUUUGUCAAGAUUAACUUAGACGGUUCCGGAGUUGCUGACUCCUCCACUAGCAUUCCCUUUCUCGAUCACAUGUUAGAUCAACUUGCUUCUCAUGGGCUGUUUGACGUGCACGUGAGGGCAACUGGAGACAUUCACAUUGAUGAUCACCAUACCAACGAAGAUGUUUCGCUUGCCAUUGGAACGGCAUUGUUGCAAGCCCUUGGUGAUAGGAAAGGAAUUAAUCGGUUUGGGGACUUUUCGGCACCACUUGAUGAAGCAUUAAUACAUGUUUCAUUGGAUCUAUCCGGGCGACCACAUUUAAGUUAUGAUUUGCAAAUUCCUACAGAGAGGGUUGGAACAUAUGAUACUCAGUUGGUGGAGCACUUUUUUCAGUCUUUGGUGAAUACUUCUGGCAUGACACUUCACAUCCGACAGCUUGCUGGAAGAAAUUCUCACCAUAUUAUUGAGGCAACCUUCAAAGCUUUUGCUAGGGCUCUUCGGCAAGCAACUGAGGAAGACCCACGACGCUGUGGGACAAUACCAAGGUUUGUUAUAUUCUAUUUAGAUUAAGUUUUAUCAAAUUUU